AUGUCAGGCUUUGAAGUGGUGGGUGUCGUUCUGGGAUCUAUUCCCCUCUUGAUCUCAGGGCUCGAGCACUAUCGAAACGGUAUGGAAACAAUCGGAAACAUGGUCCAGUACAUCGAGGUUGUGGAAAACAUAUUGGAUUCAAUAUCGACAACUCUCGCAAUUUACCGACAAUCCUGCGAAGUCCUACUUGAGGGUCUUAUUUUGCCUGAAGAUAUCCUUGCUGAACUUCUUAAUAAUUCCAGUUCUACCGCGUGGUCGAACCAAGAGCUUGUCGAACAGCUCAAGAAACAGUUUGGACCACAUCGUGAAUAUGAGGUCUACAAAAGGGCCGUGAUUAGAUUGAACAAACGAAUUGAGAAAUUCAGAAGCAAGCUAGACCUUGACGAAUCCUUCCAACCUAGAUGGGUUCAGUCCAACAGCGUUGAUGCUAAUUUGCUUGGCAAAUUUUUUAAUAGCGGGCGUGACCUUCGUCGACGGUUGAAAAUUGGCUUCAAUGGGGAAAGGUACAUGGAAUUAGCAGAUGCUAUUGAGAGCGAUGUGACUCGCAUCAGCACCCUCAUAGGAGGCGCGAGGACUCUGGAGCCUAUAAGAACAGACCUUUUGAUCAUGUUGGAACUUCGAAUACUAAUUCACCAUGGAAAUGGAAACUACUCGAGAUCGAACCGAAAUUGGCUCGCGAUCCGCAUUAUUCACGAUGAAACUUGGGAGCACUAUUUGUAUCUUAUCAACCCUCGAGAUGAAUUACGCAACAGGGAUGGGUUCAGCUCACUAGAGGAGAUCUUACGCGAUGCCCAACUAAUAGGAACGAAGACGAAGUUUGGAAUUGCCGCAGCUUUAGCCUCAGAUGUGCUGCAGUUCCAUGCCACAGCUUGGCUUAACGAUCAAUGGGACUCGAGAGAUCGUUUUGGACAUCAGGAGUUUGCCAGGUUCUCAUCAAAACAUCGAGGUCCCUCUGUUUCCAACCAGAUGACAUUCGCUCUUGGUGUCGCCCUGAUCGAGUUAUCGUACAGCAAGCGUUUACUCGACUUCCAGGAACCUGGUGACCUUGAUGAAAACGGAAACGUUGACAUUUUGACGAGGCUGGAGAUUGCUAAGCGACUAGUCGGUAGAAUUGAGAAGCGGGAUGGUGGAAAAUAUGUAGACGUUCUGGACCGAUGCAUUCGGUUCUUUGACCACAGUGAAACAUACAUGGUAAUCGCUCUUAUAUGA